AUGUCUGGUCGCGGUAAAGGUGGCAAGUCUCGCUCCAAGGCCAAGAGCAGGUCUGCUCGUGCCGGUCUACAGUUCCCUGUUGGCAGGGUGCACAGGCUUCUCCGUAAAGGUAAUUAUGCCGAGCGUGUUGGCGCCGGGGCUCCUGUCUAUCUCGCUGCCGUCCUCGAGUAUCUCGCUGCCGAGGUCCUCGAGUUGGCCGGCAACGCUGCCCGAGACAACAAGAAGACCCGUAUCAUACCACGCCACCUCCAACUUGCUAUCCGCAACGACGAGGAGCUAAACAAACUGCUCGGUGGUGUGACCAUUGCCCAAGGCGGUGUCCUUCCCAACAUCCAAGCAGUGCUCCUCCCUAAGAAGACUGAGAAGGGCGGCAAGUAG